AUGACCAUAUACAUCUGCAGAAGUCUCAUCUCACUCUCUCUCAAGAAUUUUUCACAUCUCAACAAAACCCCAAUCUCUCUUUUCUCUCUUCUCUUCUUCUCUUCCUCUCCAAAAAGCCCCAAUGCUGUGGCUGAUUACUUGAUUGAGAGACACAAAUUUUCUCCUGAAAUUGCUUCGAGAGUCUCUUCCUCUACAAAUUUUCCCCUGAAAUUGCUUCUGAAAACGCCUGAAAAGACCGAUUCGAUUCUCUCAUUUCUCCAGGAAAGUGGUUUUUCGGAUACCCAUCUCGAGCUUGUCAUCAAACGCAUGCCUCAAGUUCUCUCUGCAAAUCUUGAGCGCACCAUCAAACCCAAAUUCAAGUUUUUUCAAGACUUGGGUUUUUCUUCUAGCGACGUUGUGGAAGUUGUUUCGUCUCACCCAUGGAUUUUAACUACUAGCGUUGAUAAUCGGCUUCGCCCGUCAGUUUUAGCAUUGAAGAAUGUUUUGGGUUCGAAUAUGGACGUGCCUAGGGUUUUAAAGAGAUCUGGGUUGUUUUUGAGGUAUGAUUUGGCGAAAACUAUGAUACCCAAUAUUGAAUUUUUGAAGAGUUGUGGUAUUAGUUCAUCGCAAAUAUCCCAACAUGUCUGUUAUUACCCAAGAUAUUUCUUGCAUAAACCUACGAGUAUUAGAGAAUAUGUCAAAAGGGUUAAUGAGAUGGGCAUUGACGGGAAGUCUAAGAUGUUUCUUCAUGCAAUUCGGGCUAUUAGUUCGAUGACUAGAGAGAAUUGGGAGUUGAAAUUAAAGGUCUUUAAGAGUUUGGGGUUUUCGGAAGAUGACAUUUUGUCAGUUUUUAGGAGACAACCUCUGGUUUUUGCUAAAUCAGAGAGGAAAAUUAAGGCGAUAACUCAGCUUUUCCUUAGCACGGGCAAAUGUGAUAUCUCAUUUGUUGUUAAUAACCCAGAAUUACUUGGUUGCAGUGUUGAGAAUAGGCUUAAGCCACGGUUAAGAGUUCUGGAGGUAUUGGAAAGCAGGAAUUUACUUCUUAAAAAGCCGAGUUUGGCAAAUGUAUGCAAGAUCACUGAUAAGAAGUUCUUUGAGAAAUAUGUACUACCAUAUUCAAAUGAAGUUGGCCAAUUAUUUGUGGUUAACAAGCCCUCGAUGAAAGCAGAAAUAUGUGCUUAA